AUGGGCCAUGGGCACUCUUCCAUAGCACUGCCCGCCGGACCCAGCGCGAUCGAGACGUCCGAUCUCUCAGACCUCACCUUUGAGCGAGCAUUGGGCGGUGCUCGAUUCCUGAGGACGGUCCGAGCCAGGCAUCAGAAUGGUGUCGUGGUGGCCAAGGUCUGCCUGAAAUCAAAUCCAAACGUCACCUUUGACAGGUACUCGAAGCCUCUACGAGCAGAGCGACAGAAGCUCCGUGGUAUCCCAAACGUCCUGCCAUAUGCGCGCAUCAAGGAGACGAGCACGAUAGGAGUGCUGGUACGGCAGUUUGUUCACUCGUCACUCUACGACCGCAUCAGCAUCCGGCCCUUCCUGGAAGACAUCGAAAAGAAAUGGAUCGCGUUUCAGUUGCUCUGUGCGCUACGAGACUGUCACUCUCGGGGCGUCUUUCACGGCGAUAUCAAGUCCGAGAACGUCAUGGUGACUUCGUGGGCAUGGGUCUAUCUGACCGAUUUUGCCGCAUCAUUCAAACCCGUAUAUCUGCCUGAAGACAAUCCGGCCGACUUCUCCUUCUACUACGAUAGCUCCGCACGCAGGACGUGCUAUCUCGCUCCCGAGCGUUUCCUGGCGACAGGCCAAAAGCCAAGCGAAGGCAAUGUCGUCCAGUGGAACAUGGAUAUCUUUAGCUUGGGAUGCGUGCUUGCUGAGCUAUUCACGGAAUCGCCAACUUUCACCCUGAGCCAGCUAUUUCGAUUUCGCAAGGGCGAGUAUGAUCCGACCGUUGCUCUGCUGAACAAAGUGGACGAUGAGCACGUGCGGUCAUUGAUUACUAGCAUGAUCCGCCUUGACCCGACCGAAAGGUGGCAUGCUAGCGAUUAUCUGGAUGAGUACAAAGGGAAAGCCUUUCCAUUGUACUUUUACAACCACUUCCACACCCUGAUGCAGGAGAUUACAGAUCCCUCUGCCGGCCGCAAGUCGGUCGCUCCAAGUGAGACGAACAACGGGGAGUCGGACGAACGAAUUGCCAGAAUCUACGAAGACUUUGAGAUGCUCUCAGUUUCGCUCGGAUACCAAGAGACCCAAAUGGCUGGCUCUCACGAACAGGUGAAGCCUCUACAUCUUCGAGGACUCUUCCCUCUAUCAGUCGAUUUGCCGAAUAGUCGACACAUCGCUCACGCGGCCCAUACAACCGAUAGCGAUAACGGUACAUUCAUACUUCUCAACGUCAUCACAGCUUCAAUACGAAGCUCAGCGAGGGCAUCCUCGAAAGUUCGGGCGUGCGAACUGCUUCUCGCUUUUGCCGAGAGACUUCCAGAUGAAGCGAAACUUGAUAGGGUAUUGCCCUAUGUUAUGCCUCUAUUGGACGACGCCAAUGAGAUGGUUCUUGUUGCAGCAUUGAGGACGAUGACCCAACUGCUCGCACUGGUCACAGUCGUCUCACCAGUCAACUCGUUUCUCUUCACCCAGUACAUUUUUCCUAGGCUGCAGAUCUUCGUAAAGAGCAGCGGUUUCACCAAGAACACACUUGUUCGAGCCACUUAUGCAGCAUGCUUAGCAAGCCUUGCUGAGACCGCCUCUCGCUUUCUGGACAUGAUGCAAGCGCUUAGAGCCGAGGGCUCCUUGCCAUCGACAGAAAGGGGCACCGAGAAUGACAUUGACGCUGACGUCCCCAACCAGGAUGCGUACGAUGUCACGCGGUGUGAGGUACUCGAACAGUUCGAAGGGCAGACCAAGGUCUUCCUUACAGAUGGCAACAACUCCGUUCGGCGUGCAUUUCUGACUUCUGUGCCCAGCCUCUGUGUGUUCUUUGGCGAGGCCAGGGCUGCAGACGUGAUCCUAAGUCACUUGAACACCUACAUGAAUGACCCAGAUUGGCUUCUUAAAUGUGCGUUCUUCAAGACAGUCGUCGGUGUUGCGGUGUAUAUCGGAGGCGCGAAUUUGGAAGACUUCAUCUUACCGCUGAUGGUGCAAGCUCUGACGGAUCCGCAAGAAUUCGUUGUCGAGCAAGCACUGAGAUCACUUGCAUCAAUGGCAGAGAUCGGACUCUUGCAGAGACCGAAGACCUGGGAAUUGAUCGAUACUGUCGCUCGAUUCGAAAUGCACCCGAACGUGUGGAUCAAGGAGGCGGCGUCACAUUUCGUAUCUGCCGCCACAACUUACCUUUCAGUGGCCGAUGUCCGAAUUCUCGUCGCCCCGCUGAUCCAGCCAUACCUAAAGGUACCCGUGAGCACUCUGGACGAAUCAGAGCUCUUAGACGCAUUGAAGAAGCCAAUCCCACGAGCAGUGUUAGACCUCGCACUGCAGUGGGCAGGGAGAGUGGAGAAGAGCGUGUUCUGGAAGGCGGCGAAGGAGUCCAAACAGCUUUCGUACACCGCGACGAGCCAGAUGCCGCCGCACUCAUCUGUGGCCGACCUUGGAUCGAAGUCGCUGAGUAGAGUACCAAAGACUGAUGAAGAUGAGCAAUGGCUUGGUCGCUUGAGAAAUGCUGGCAUGUCUCGCGAAGACGAAACGAAGCUCCUUGCUUUCAGAGAGUACUUGUGGCGUGCCGCUCAGCGAUCAAAGCGGGAUAAUGACCACGGCGACGACGGACUCUACGAUCACAUUGUCAGUCUGACCAAGUUGAAGAUUACACCGCAAACCGUCAUCUUUGACAGCGACGUGCGAGCAUAUGAGCAGCGGGUCGAGAGUCAGAAUCGUACUAUUGCUGAGGCAAUUGAAGAAGCUGCAAAGACAAACAAAGAAAGACCCUCGAGAGACGCCACAGCGGAUGCAGAAGCGAUCGCGAGUGGUGCUGAUACGACAGAUCACGAUGGUCCAAGCCGACCUAAGAUUCCCAUACCGCAGUCACGACGUCUUUCCGGUCUCCGAACCAAGACCUCAGGCAGCUUGUCGUCGUCGCCAAGCUCUGGCAUUGGACUUCUUGGAAAGGACGUUGACCGCGCCUUGCGACAGAGAGGCAACGCCGCAGGCUUAUUGGGUGGAGCAGACCUUCGAGGCAAGGCGGAAGCAGCUGUGGCUACGGACGGUGCGACUGCUGCAGGAAAACUUAACGCUCCACGGUCUCUCAGUCGAACAUCUUCACCAGUACCAAACACUGCAGAACGACGGAGAGGCGCUGUAAGAGCUGCUAGCUCACGUACCGUACACAACUACGUCGGGAACGAUCCUACUGUGCUAAAGCUGCUGGACGCUGUCUACUUGGAUAACUUCCCGAUAGACGCUGCCGACUUUGGCCCCUUUGUCCAGCCCUGCAGUGGCGCAUUACCGACCAACAACACUCAACCAGCAUCUACGCAAUGGCGCCCUCAAGGUCAAUUGACAGCCGUGCUGGGUGAACACACCGCCAGAGUAAGCCGAGUUGUACCCGCUCCAGAUCAUGUGUUCUUCCUCACUGGAUCGGAUGAUGGGACGGUUAAAGUGUGGGACUCCUCUCGUCUCGAAAGGAAUGUCACCCACCGCUCUCGUCAAACGUACCGGCUUCCGGCUGAGACACGUGUAACGAGCCUUUGCUUCGUUGAGGCCACACAUUCUUUCGUCUGUACUGGAUCUGAUGGAAGUGUUCACGUGGUGAAAGUGGAGGUCUCUGAGUCCAACAACGUAACACGCUAUGGCAAGCUUCGUCUAGUUCGUGAAUGGAAAAUACCAACAACAGACGGCUCUGGCGAACACGCUGUCUGGUCCGAGCAUUAUCGCGGAGAAAUGGCGAGCACUCUUGUCAUGGUGACAAAUCUCGGCCGUAUCCUCGCUCUAGACCUCAGGUACAUGGCGCUCCUCUUCGAUCUUCACAAUCCUGCACAGCACGGCGCACCCACAUCUUUCUGUAUGAGUCGACGCCACGACUGGCUCCUACUAGGUACAUCACAUGGCGUGCUUGACCUGUGGGACAUGCGUUUUCAGCUCCGAAUCCGAUCAUGGACUUUUGCGAAUCCGGCGGCCAUAACGCGGCUGCAGCUACUACCUGGCAGAAAGACUUCGCGUAGGAAUCGAAUUUGCAUGACGGGUGGUACCGGGCCCGGUGAUGUGACAGUAUGGGACUUGGAAAAGACAGUGUGUCUGGAGCUGUACCGGCCUGAUCAUCCCAACGGCAAAGAAAGGCUACAUCCUCGAGACUAUGAGCUUCGUAAUAUGGAAGAUGAGAAGGCGGAAGGACUGCUGAGCCGAGUCGCUGGAACGGAUGCUAACAAGCCGGAGCAGAAUAGCAACCUGCCGCAUUUGACAAGUUGUUCGGUCUUUGCCUCGCAGCCUUCCACAAAAGAUCCCGAAUCAUCCCACGCCUUCGCGAUUACCGGCGGUCCAGACAACAAAGUCCGCUUCUGGGACUGCGAGCGUCUCGAAGGCUGUAGACUCAUCAGCGGCGGCACACCCGACGAAAAGCCUUCUUACACAUUCAGCCAGCUGAGUAUGGACACGAGGGUACUUUCAGAGAAGCCGCAGGACACUUCUCUUGGCACGGGAACUUUUGAGUCGAACAAGGUCGCACCCAAUUCUUCUGCCAAACGGAAAAUGGGGAUAACGAGACCGACCUCCAGAUACGAUAUCAUACGUAUGUCUGCACAGAAUCUCAUGACAGGUCAUUUGGACACAAUCACGGAUGUUGCGGUACUAGAGAGGCCUUUUGGGAUGGUUUUGAGUGCGGAGCGGAGCGGCCAAGUCUUCGUGCAUCAAUGA